GAUAUUAUUCUACUAGUGUAUGAAUCGUUUUUUUCUUCUCCUUCCCCUUCUCUAAUUUGUGACCAUGGUCGUCUCCCUUGUCUUCCGUGUCAAUUGAGCACUCCUGUGUGAGAUUGGAACCAUCGUUUCCAAAUUAUCAACGCAUCCCGCGCUACAGGUCGUUGCUGGCCGGACUACCUGCUUUUGCACUCACACCAUAGUCUUUGCCAGACUCGCUGUCAUCGCAUGAUGGAUACCUUCAAUUACCGAAGGUUAGAUCUGAGAAGCUCUGCCUUCCGUCUGGUACGACUUCUCAAGGGAGUUGCGAACGACUUUAUUGAUUGCGAACUUGUAUAUACAUCUCUUGAUGAGAACGGAAUCUCGUACGAAGCUGUCUCAUAUACUUGGGGCUCAUCGAAUAAGCCAUUCAGCAUUCUUCUUGAUGGGCAGAAGUUCAUGGUCACCGAAAAUCUAUGGAGUUUACUCAGAGACUUGCGUGAGGCCGAAUCAGACCGCUACCUCUGGAUUGAUGCUAUUGCAAUCAAUCAAGACGACGAUCUAGAGCGCGGACACCAGGUUCAAAGGAUGCAAGCCAUUUAUGGAGGUGCCGAGCGUGUCCUCGUUUACCUUGGAACAGAUAGCCCAUUCACAAGAGCUCUCCUGGAAUCUCUCUUACUACUACAAACCUCUAUCUCGGGUCGUUACUCAGCCCCUGACGACAUAAGAUGGAAGACUACCUGGCAAGUUGUGCUAAGUAAACUCCAAGAUAGAUAUACCACCGUCGAUGUGAAGGGUGACCUGCAAAAAGGCUUUAUUGAGCUUCUACAGCGCUCCUGGUUCCGCCGAAUUUGGGUUCUUCAAGAAGUAGCGAAUGCUCGUGCAGCUUCCGUCUUUUGUGGUAGAAACUCUGUCCGUGCACAAAUCUUCGUUAUGGCUCCCAUUCUUCUGGGGGUGGACCUAAAUAGUCACGCUGCAGCCAUAUUCAGACUCAUGCCGUCAUACCCUGGAGAUGUUUCUCGCAAAACACGGGACAGGAACUUUCUCUCUCUCCUGCUAGAUUUUCGUCACUCGGAAGCAUCCGAUCAGCGGGAUAAGAUAUUCGCGCUGCUUGGACUAUGCGGGGGUUCAGAGAUACAGAAAUACAUAGUGCCGGAUUAUACUCGAACGGAAUUUAGUGUGUCAUACACUACUUUCGCCUACUUUGUGAGCAUGACCGCGGAGCCAUUUCAGUUAAGGCUCGGUCUACUGUUAGCAGAGGCCGAAUGCUUGAUGGGAUCACAGGAAAUGCCGGUAUCUGAUUUGAAAGUUUCACCGUCUAACUGGAAUCCGAAGCUCUCUGAGUUGCUAGAAGAGGCUAUCCAAUUGCUGCGAAUAUCAGGCGAUUUGCCGUCGAGAUUAGGUUAUACAAAGAAAGAACUCAACGAUAAACUACUCUAUCUUGUUCAACUCGUCUCGAGAUCAUCAGAGAAAAAAUAUCGAAUAAGAGCAAAAAAUGUGAUAUCGGGGAUAAGACGCAGCAUUGGAAAUAUCCUUCCUUGUUGCUUAGGAAAUGGACAUUUUCCAUCAUCGAUAAAUCAGUUCCUGUCCGACUUGGUACAUCAUCAGCCAAAGUAUAUAAUGGACUUCAUUUGUCAUAUUUUAAGUUCAUGGGACCCCACCGAUUUGUGCUCUUUCCUACAACGAAGAGAAGUCGAAAUUGAUAUAACCCUGGAUAUGGUGAAAGCUGCGGCAGCAAACAAGUUUAAUGCAGCAGAGACUGUCAAUAUCCUGUUGCGGCAUGGGAGACUCGGCGAAUCGUUUUUAGCUAAAACGAGAGAUGAAGAUCACGCAUGGGAUGAUUUAUGCAUAUAUUUCUCCGACACCGUAACAAGAGCGCGGGUCGAGUUAUCACCCGGGGAAGCGGCAGUCACAGAACGGCGAGAAAACCUCUUUCCAUUAGUUUUUUUAGGACCAAGAUUCAUAUUAGGGAGGCUUGUGAAUCAAAUUAGGGAUCAAGAUACCACAGUAUCAGAGCAUCUCCAAAGAUUCGAACAAACGGCCUACGAGGAAAGCCAAUACGAUACUCAACGAGAUGUUCGAAAUUGCGGUCGAGAAGACCCAAACCUCCCGCUUCCAGGUACUAUGUUUUACCUUCGGACAGACCGUCGACGAACAAUGUUGCCAGAAGGCUAUGUCAUUACUGUUGGGGGCUCUCAGACGUGGUCACUACUGCUUAUGGCAGUGUUAAGCGGCGAAAGAGAUACCGUCCAACGUCUGUUAGAAAUGUACCCCGAACAACUUAAUGUGCCUUGUGAGAGCGCCAAUAUGGCCUUCAAAAUCGCUACGGUCUGUUGUGAUGACUCUACAGUGCGGUGUCUACUUAACAAGGGAGUCAAGUUGACUUUAGGAGCCAAUAUCUGGAAUCAGCUGAGCGCACCUAAGGGUCCCAGAUUCAAACGACUCUGUGAUCCUUUAAGUCUUGCGCUGAAUAGCCGCGAUCACGACUUAAUAGCACUAUUCUGUCUUUAUCAUACAAGUCUAGUACCGUCCAAUCCUGAAACAACCCCGUUACACAUCGCAGCGAUGUAUGCACACACGCGGCUUGCUCAAUUUCUUCUGGAACAGGGUGCAAACCCCAAUGCCACGGAUGGCUGUGGCCGGACAGCGCUCGAUAUAGCCAAAGAAGUAAAGCGUGAUGCUCGAAAUCAAGUCUCUGAUGACUUGCAAUUUUACAGUUUUAGCUUGCGCGACGCGAAACAAUGUCAUUUGUGUCUUGCUAGCGCCAUGGAUGACAAUGCAUUCCGCGAAUCUGAAGAGUCCAAUGAAAGGGGAGUAGAGAUGGUCAAACGAACCCCACAGAAGCGACAAUGCGAAAUGAACAGUCCCACCCUAAAGUUCAGCUGGUUGCAACAUUUGUAUGUAUACGCCGUAAAACACACCAAAAUCAGGGGUCGCAAGGUGUGAGGUUGUGAUAAAUUGCUGGUCAGUCGCUGUUUUCAGCUAUAUACAACUCACAUUGCCCACAUCUAAUCUAUCAUAACAUGAGUCUUCCCAGCAAGCUCAUAACUCGCUGCCGGCACCAACGGCAAUUGGGCUAAUGCCACCCCUUCACUCGCGGGGUUCCUAAGUAUAACAUACCUAGUGGUAUCUAGGUAUGCUAGGUAGCAAGAACGCGCCGCUCGCUGAGGGGAUUCAUGGCCAAUAUUAAGUCUUCGGCCCCUGUUGAAGGGACGGCGAAACGCUAUUACUUGAAUUCACCACGCGAGUAAUGUAGAAGGCUCCAAUUGGACAUGACCACGCGUCACACA